AGUCUGCGCUGUGAGAGUGUUCGCCAUGACAGUAUCGCGUCCAGUUCAGCGCGUGUAUGGUUUUGGAAGAACAUACAGCAAAUAUUGUGAGAAACGUGUGUAUCGAAGUUAGGCAGUGAGACACGUUUUUGUGUCAGCAUCUCAAGAAGAAUGUGGCGGGUUUAUAACCUGCAGACACGUGGAUACUGUUGUGCAAACAUGUGUUGUAAUAUAAACUUUUUGUCGUAGUACUGGAGGGAUCCAAACCGAGUGAAUCUGUACAUUAAUAAGGUUCGAAGAAAAGAAACGAAAACGUGGGAGUAAAGUGCGGGUAUAUGCAGCUGUCUUGACGUGUUUUAUCAACUUGUAAACCGGAGCAGAACUUGGGCGUUGUAAGUUGUUUUGAUUACACGUUUCAGUACUCGAAUGGUCAGUGUUCUUGUGUCCCGGAUUUAGUGUAUGAAGAAGAGAAGGGUUUGUGACCGGGCUGUUGUAAUCUCAGCAUAUCACUACAACAUUUACAGGAAUGUUAUGGAGCGUACGAAGCCAGUUCUAUCGAACUCUGUAUAGAAGAUUUUUGUUCCCGGAUUAAGAACCAUUAUUCAUAAACGGUGAUGUUUUAGAACGGAUUAUUUACUGUUAUGCAUAAUGGUGAUAAUAGCCCGAAACAGGGAAGUGAAGUGUAUGUAUGGUUUUCUGACGUCAGAUGCAAAUUUAGAUGUUAUUCAGAGGAAUUCGCUUAAUUUUAUGACGAAUUUAAGCUACAUAAAACGGUUAUUAUAAUUACCACAAAAUAUCUGUCCUGAGAAACCUGUGUAUUUUUGUGAUUCCGGUAAUGUUACUUGUCUUCCUUUUUAAAAUAUCUUCACUACCCUAGGAGGCAGCUAAAAUCUUAUCUUCCAUUGUUAUUCGAAAAUACAUAUAGAAAAUCGCAUCGGAUAGAAAAGCAUUGUGAGGCAAAAUUUGAUACUUUAAAAGUGCGACAUUGUUAUCUGACAUUCGCAGUGACCUCUUCUACGAAGCUAGGAAGUGAUAUGAGUGAUACAAAGUGUCUCCAAUCAGAUGCCGUCAGGGAGUGUUUAUAACAUGAAAGCAUUCUGAGGGGGUACAGACUGAUACUUCAGAAUGUUUGGAACUUUGGUCCAACGCCUCCAAUCUCUGAGCCCUUUGGGUUCGCCCAUUACAAGUCCUGUAAGCUCACCGAAACCUUCACGACAUCGCUACAAGAGCCCCUCGAGGGGCCCAAGACGGCCUCCAUUAGCGCGCCAUAAGGAGGAAUAUCGGGAAGUUCAGUCCGAUCCAGAACUAGAUGAAAUUGACACCGCGAAGAAGUAUGGCCGCACAAGUCGCCACCUGCUGGACAAGCGAAAGAACAAGUCACGUGUUUCCGCCCGCACCGAACCCGGGAUAAACAACAACAUGUAUACAGAACGUUCUGGAUUUGCCCCGCUCCAAGGAUCCAAGUCACUGGGUAGAGUGGAUGGGCUCAAAGAGUAUUCAGAAUGCAGCAUCUUGCCGGUGGCUACAGAAACACCUUGUUACUCCUAUAUUACAUCGCUGCAAUGGCAGUUCAGCUGCUCCAGUGAGGUUCUCAGCCGUUUACUUCAUGUGUAUAACUCUGCUGUUGGUUCUUAGAAUAAACGAGGAUAAUUUCCUUUAACGCUUUCUGCCAAAUUA